UUUCUUCUUCCUUCUCUCUCAGUUUGGUGAGGGACAAUAAAAAUAAAUCUUAGCCUCUUAGAGAGAGAAAGAUAAGAGCAAAGGGAAGGAGAGAGAGAGAAAGACUGAGACAACUCAUCAGCUGGUACAACUCAGAGAGAGAGCGAGAGAGAGAGAUCAAGAUCCAAGACGACGGAGAAGAUAUCUCAAGGGGGAUAUGGGAUCUCGUCUUCCUCAGUAUUGCUUCCUUUCUGUUUUUCUACUGUCAGUCCCAGAAUAGCAACUACUUGUUCUUGAUAGUUUUAUUUUUAUUUCCUCGGCGUGGACUACAUUUUAUCCGAAUCUUACACCUCUCUCAGGAUUUUUUGAAGUUAGGUGAUCAUCUUGUUUUUUUCUUUCAAGUAAACCUUAAAAAUGGGUUCUAGAUACCCAUCUCACCAGCUCGGCAAUGGCCUAUUCGUAUCCGGUCGCCCCGAGCAACCCAAAGAACGACCUCCAACGAUGAGCUCGGUAGCCAUGCCUUACACAGGCGGCGACAUCAAGAAAUCAGGAGAGCUGGGGAAGAUGUUCGAGAUUCCAACCGAUGUGACUAAGUCAAGAAAGUCCGGCCCCAUUCCCGGUGCUCCUUCAAGGUCCGGCUCAUUCGCACAGUCGGGUCAAGGGGCUCCCAACGCUUCCACUGCUCGUAUGUCUGGCUCUUUAGCUUCUGCUGCUGGUUCUGUCUCCAUGAAGAAAACGAACUCCGGACCUUUAUCUAAACACGGAGAGCCUCUAAAGAAAUCAUCCGGACCUCAAUCCGGCGGCGGAACUCGGCAUAACUCCGGUCCUAUUCCUGUUCUCCCGGCUACAGGUCUCAUCACAUCAGGUCCUCUGAACUCCUCCGGAGCCCCUAGGAAGGUCUCUGGUCCGUUAGACUCGUCUGGCUCCUUGAAGACGCACGUGCCUUCUGUUGUACACAACCCGGCUGUAACUACCCUUGGUCCUCCGGAUGACUUCUCUAGCCUGAAGAGCUUCCCGAGGCCUGUGCUGUGGCUGGUUGUUCUUAUAUUUAUAAUGGGGUUCCUUGCUGGAGGCUUCAUUCUUGGCGCGGUUCACAAUCCCAUGCUCCUCAUCGUUGUUGCCAUCUUCUUUGCGGUUGUUGCUUCGCUUUUUGUUUGGAAUGUUUGUUGGGGGAGACGUGGUGUCACUGAUUUCAUUGCUCGUUAUCCUGAUGCUGACCUUAGAACUGCCAAAAAUGGUCAAUACGUGAAGGUCACUGGGGUGGUUACAUGUGGUAAUGUGCCGCUUGAGUCAUCCUAUCAGAGAGUUCCGAGAUGUGUGUACACAUCCACGUGUCUAUAUGAGUAUCGUGGAUGGGGUUCUAAACCAGCCAAUUCUUCACAUCGUCUCUUCACAUGGGGACUGAGAUCAUCAGAGAGACAUGUGGUGGACUUUUACAUAUCAGAUUUUCAGUCUGGACUCAGAGCCUUAGUCAAAACCGGAAACAGUGCAAAGGUGACACCUCUUGUAGAUGAUUCUGCUGUCGUCGAUUUUAAGCACGGAAACGAGCAGAUGUCUCCAGAUUUUGUUCGAUGGUUACGGAAGAAGAAUCUAUCAAGCGAUGAUCGAAUAAUGCGGCUCAAAGAAGGGUAUAUAAAAGAAGGAAGCACGGUGAGUGUGAUUGGAGUGGUGCAGAGAAACGAUAAUGUGUUGAUGAUAGUGCCACCAUCUGAGCCACUUGCAGCUGGUUGGCAAUGGAGGAGAUGCACUUUCCCAACAACCCUUGAAGGUAUUGUUUUGAGAUGUGAAGACUCAUCAAACGUUGAUGCAAUACCGGUUUAAGUCCAUCAUCAUCAUCAUCACAGCAACAUCAGAGUUUGGUUUCAUUGAAUUUUUUUUUUUUUCAUAAAAUCUUUUGAAUAUGUGGGGUUUCUUCUUGGUGCCUCCGUUUGGUGGUGGGUGGUGUGGUUUCAUAUACCUAAAAUGAGCUAAUUGUAUUCUUUCUUUUUUUUUGGUUUUGUAUAGCUCUUUUAAGUAAGUUCUUUUAAAUAGAACUUGUCUUUUACUCAAGGUGUUAUAUAGUGUCAUAUGUUAUGGUCAAAUCUUUCUUUUUUUGUGUAAGAUCAGAACUCAUUUUUAUUCAAUUGUUUUCCAUUCA